AACCUGGCAUGGCGCGCCUGCUACUUGCUUAUAUCCCACAACCACUUCACAGGCAAUAUAAUAGGUAUUCAAUAGAAUAAUAGUGGUAUUUUUAGAACAUAAUAAUGAUAGAGUCAGGCUUCAGUAGAGGCACACAAUGCCAUUAAGUCACACAUUCUAGCCCUCGUGGAAUCAUUUCCAACAGAGAGAGAGAGAGAAAAUGUGUGUGUGUGCAUCCUCAAACGAGUUUCCUGUUCACACAGUUAAUCUUUACACCAUUGCUAAUUAGCCAUUCAUGUGACAUGGUAAAGUUGGACGAAGAGAAGAGACCAGACAAGGAAUCAGUGGUUAAAGAUAAACAUAAUAAUUUACUGAGAAACAGUAGCCACAGGAUCACAGUACACUUGAAACAACAAACACUAAGUCUUGAAAACUCACUCAGGAAACAAACGCACACAGUAAACAAUUCAAGCUUCUGCAAAGGACAACAGCAAACACCCCUCUUAACAUCAUUAUCGCCUUGGGUCAGGUUCUCGUGUCUGAGCUUGUCGGACCGUGGUCUCAAUACUCCAUAUCACAGAGUCCACAAUGCGGGAGCUGUGGAUGAUGGGCUCGGAGUCCCUCUCCUCGUUAGAGGUAUCGUGUUGGCGGGACAGGGCACCUGCUUUCUGAUUCUUGGAUCCCGGGCGAUAGGCUAGUGUGAAAUCAAACCUGUUAAAAAAACAGAGCCCACCUAGCCUGGUGAGCGUUCAACCUCUUGGCUUCUUGAAUGGAGACCAAGUUCCCAAGGGCCCACUUAACUGCCAAGAGCUCACAGUUGCCUACAUAGUAGUUGCGUUCCGCUGGCGAGAACCACUUGGAGAGAAAGGCGCAUGGGUGCAGUUUCUUGUCCCCUUCAUUCUGCUGUGAAAGGACCACCCCUGCUCCGGUGUCCGAGGCGUCCACCUCUACUACAAAGGGCAGAGUAGGAUCAGGAUGAACAAGGAUGGGUCCAGAGGUGAAACAUCCCUUAAGCUCUAUGAAUGCCCUGUCAACCUCUGGAGUGUAGCAAAAACGGGUCUGGGACUUUAAAAAAGUUAUAUAACCUUUAUUUAACUAGGCAAGUCAGUUAAGAACAAAUUCUUAUUUACACUGACGGCCUACCCCGGCCAAACCCGGACGACGCUGGGCAAAUUGACAUGCAGGUUAGGACCGAGAGAGGCGCUGCCACUGCACCAAAGUUGCGUAUAAAACACCUGUUAAAAUUGUUUCACCCGAGGAACCGCUGGGCCUGCUUGAGUGAGGUGGGACGGGGACAGUGGGCGACCGCCUCAACCUUUUUGGGGUCCAUUUGGAUGCCUGUGGUAGAGAUAAUGUGACCCAGGAAGGAAUCCUGGGAUACGUGGAACUCACACUUCUCCAUCUUGACAUAUAGUUGGCUCUGCAGGAGGCAUCUCAGGACUUGGUGGACGUGCAGUAUGUGUUCUGGAAGGGUUUUGGAGAAGAUUAGGAUGUUCUUGAGGUAAACAAAGAGAAACCGAUUUGAGUGUCAUUAAUCAAUGCUUGAAAGACUGCCGGUGAGUUUGAUAAUCCAAAGGGCAUGAUUAAAUACUCAUAGUGUCCAAUAGCGGUGUUAAAGGCAGUUUACCACUCAUCUCCCUGAUUCUCACCAGAUUUUAAGGGUUGCGGAGGUCCAGUUUGGUGAAGAAUUGGGCCAACUCCAAGACAUCAGGGGCAGAGGGUAACGAUUCUUGAUCGUAAUCCAGUUCAGCCCUCUGUAAUCGAUGCAAGGAUGCAGGCCUCCAUCCUUCUUACCCACGAAGAAGCCUGCACCAGCUAGGGAUGAAGAGGGGCUAAUGAAACCUGCCUCUAGUGUCUCCCGGAUGUAAUUGUCCAUGACUGCUGCUUCAGGGGUUGAGAGAUAGUACAGACGGCCCUGGAUAGGUGUGUAGCCGGGUAGGAGUCCGAUGGCACAGUCGUAUGAACGAUGUGGAAGAAGGGUGGCAGCUUGCCUCUUACUGCAGGCCUCCGGGAGGUCGAAGUAUUCAGGAGGGAGAGCGGAGAAGUCGUGGACUUCAAUGGAUGCUGGAGGACAUGCACUCUGAAAGCCUCCUUUGAUCAACUUAAAACACAAAUUGAAAACAUCGGGAAUCUGCAUAUCCAGCUAUCCGGAAUGUUACGGGAAGAGAUGAAGAAGAUGGAAAUAUUCAGAGAGCGGCAGAAAGAACAGAGGAGGAAGUUUGAGGGGAUUAUGGAGAAAGUUCAGAAGAUGAAGGUGUCCUUAUACAAGAAGACCAUGGAGUCUAAGAAGUCAUAUGAGCAGAAAUGUAAAGAAGCAGACGAGGCAGAGCAGCUUGCUGACAGGAGCACCACAGCCACAACAACAAAACAGUCUGAGAAGGUACAACACAAGGCCAAGCAAUGCAGACAAGCCGUCACUGAAGCAGAGAAACAAUACAUGUUGAAUGUAGAGCAGCUGGAGAGCGUUCGUCAGGACUGGGAGGGAACACACAAGGGCACGUGUGAGGUGUUUCAGCAGCAAGAGGUGGACCGCAUCACUAUCCUGAGGUGUGUCCUCUGGGACCACUGUAAUCACUUCUCUGUGCAAUGUGUCAAAGACGACGAGUUUUACGAGGAGGUGAGGAAUAUUCUGGAGACGUGUGACAUCACAGCAGAUAACAACUGUUUCAUAGAGAUGAAGACAACAGGUUCAAGCCCACCAGACCCCGUUGUGUUUGAGAACUACUAUGAGAGGGAGCCAACGGGCGACGGCAGCGCUCGCUUCGGAGGGGGAGGGGUCAGGAAAAGAUUCUCCAUGAGUAUCAGUGAGGGUUCAACUUCCGUGCCAGCGGCGCCACCUGUUGGUCAGACAGUGCCUGAGAGUUCAGAUGGAGUGUAUGCAUCCAUACCUGGCUUCCAGUCUGCAGCUGCAGCUGCCCUGCCUGCAGUGACAACUGAUGAGGAUGAUGAUACCUUCAUGGUGUUUUAUGACUACUCUGCACAGGACCCAGAUGAGCUGUCAGUGUCUAAAGGGGAUGUGGUGUUGGUGAUAGAACAGAGUGAAGACGGCUGGUGGACAGUGGAGAGAAACGGACAGGUUGGGCUGGUACCUGGCUCCUACCUGGCCAAAGUCUAGACAGAGUCACACACACAUCCAUGCAUGGACACACACAUGCACGCGCACACACUCAUGCACACAGGUACACGGAUUCACACACACAUACUCAUGCACACUCACCCAUACAUACUGUAGUCUUCAAUAUGAGGACCCCUUUCUGCUUCUUACUCAGAUGUUCUGAUCCUUGGUUCAAGACUUCAGAGUAAUAGAUUCUCCAGCAGUAGAGAUGACUCACUGAACUGACUUGGAACGUGAGUCAUGACUGUGUGUUCCCCAUGAACUAUUAGGCUAUGCUGCACCAGAGAUUGUCAGUCUUUUCACCCAACAGGCCUACUGCAUACAUACAGUGCUGUGAAAAAGUAUUCGCCCCCUUUCAGAUUUUCUAUACUUUUGCAAAUUUUUUAUACUGAAUUUGAUCAGAUCUUCAACCAAAACCAAAUAUUACAUAAAGGGAACCUGAGUGAACAAAUAACACAACAAUUGUAUACUUAUUUCAUAAACAAAGUUAUGCAACACCCAAUGUCCAUGUGUAAAAAAGUAAUUGCCCCCUUACACUCAAUAACUAGUUCUGCCACGUUUAGCUGCAAUGACUCCAACCAAAAGCUUCCUGUCAUUGUUGAUCAGUCUCACGUUGCUGUGGGGGAAUUUUGUCCUACUCUUCCAUGCAGAACUGCUUUAACUCAGAGACGUGUGGGGUUUCAAGCAUGAACUUCUCGUUUCAAGACCUGCCACAACAUCUCAAUUGGGAUUAGGUCUGGACUUUGACUAGGCCAUUCCAAAACACAUUUGUUGCUUUUUAGCUCUUUUCAUGUAGACUUGUGUUUUGGAUCGUUGUCUUGCUGCAUAACCCAGAUGCAGCUCACAGACAGAUGGCCUGACAUUCUCCUGUAGAAUACAGACCAGAACUCAUGGUUCCUUCUAUUUAGUCAACUCGCCCAGGUCCUGAGGCAGCAAAGCAUCCCCAAACCAUCACACUACCACCACACUUGACCGUGGGUAUAAGGUCCUUACUGUAGAAUGCAGUGUUUGGAUUUCGCUAGACAUAAUGGAACCCAUGUCAUCCAAAAAGUUAUACUUUUGACUCAUCUGUCCAUAGAACAUCAAAUCAAAUUUUAAUUGUCACAUACACAUGGUUAGCAGAUGUUAAUGCGAGUGUAGCGAAAUGCUU